GCAGAGGGCCCACAGACUCUGUGACAGCUCCCCUUUCUCUCCCCUCUCAUGAAGGACACAGUUUGUGUAACGUGGUGGCACUGCAAGGACAAGAGCGCCUCAUACACACUGAGGAAAACCUGAGAAACUCUGCUCUGUGAUUUAAUCAAGAUGGGAAUCAGAAGAUCUGAGACAAGAUGACAGGGAGUGAUAGAUUUCUUCUUUCUUCACUGGAUGCUGGACAGUUUUCUGCACAUAGCAACCAUGGGAAAUAUCUUCCAGUGCUGCCAUGCACUAUUGAGCUUCUUCAAGAGUCAGGAUGCACCAGUUCAAGGUGGCGCCGAGCAAUCCCCUCUUCUAUCGAGUGAGGAAAGCGAUUUUGACUCCUUGAGCUUGCCGUACAACUUCAACGACGGUAUAAUAAACCCUUCAACUGGUAUAACAAACCCAGUUCUUGAGCCAGGGCAUUUUCUGUUUCCUGACAUCAUACUAAGCACCAACCCUGGAGGCGAAGUAACUCUGGUGGAGCCCAUGGUGUGUCUGCUGGUUUCUGAGGAGGAUGAGGAGCAGGGAUUAGAGGCGGGGCAACCAGGAGAUGAAGGAGAAAUAAGGAGCCACAGGGAAGGGGGUAACAGGGUUUUCUCUGAGGUUGAGGCACAGACUGAAGUGGAGACUCAGACAGACUCAGAGGCAGAAAUUCAGACACAAACAGAUAUACACGGGUGCAGUGAUCAGACUCUGAAGACAGCUGAGGUAGAAAUAUGCUGGGAAGAAAAACCAAAGCAGGUAGAUUUGCUCUUAGAGGCACAAACAUCACAAAACAAACCUUUACACCUCAAGACUUUACAAAAAGCAGAACCACAAAGCAUAAACACAGAAGGUUCCACAGAAUCAGAGCUGACAGGAAGAGAAGGAGAGAACAAUAAACCAGAAAAGUGUGAAGAAAUCACAACUUCAACAAAACCAAAACCACAAAUAGAGAAAAAUAUCAAGCUACAAGUAGGGUUAACCACUGAAGAAUGGUGGCAACAGAGUGUGACAAAUGCUCCAGGUUUUGUAUGGACAGAGCAGCACUGUGAAAAUGGCAAAGAUAAAAUCAUUGUGAGGAUUGAACACAAUACAGGGAGCAUGGAAAAGAAUAUCGGUGCAGAACAUGAAAGCAAUACCACUGUCAAUCGUUUUAGCUCCGUUGGAUGUCAUGAGGACCUCCAAGUUAAGAGUGAGCGCGGUGAUGAAGAUCCAGGAGAGACAUCGGUGCUGUUAGCUCAUGGAGUAAGAAAUGAAACGGACCCCCUAAUUAUCCACACAGAUGAGUUAAUAGACCAGUCCAUUGUUACUGAGGCUCACAUGUAUGAUCAGAAAAACAUAAAGCCAGCAAAGAGAGAAAAGGAGGAGCAACAAGACCAAGCUGAUGUACAACAUGUCUUAGAGAAGGAGGCAGCUGAGGAGGAGGAGGAAGGAGCAGAGAAGGAGGAGAAGACCCUGUUUUUAGUUGACAGAGUGUUUCUGGGAGCACCGCUUAUCAAAGUACCUUCAGGUGUGGCUUCAGGAAUCACUGCGGAUCUUCCACUGCCUAAUGAAAGAAGAACUGAGCCAAGCCAUGGACAUGUAGCUGAUCUUUACAAGGAGGGUUUUACUGUCAAAAUUCAGCCGCCUGGAAAAGAAUGUUUUGAGCUUCAGGUAUCAGGACAGAUGUUGGUGUCUGAGCUCCAUCAGGUGCUUAUGGAUCAUGAGAUCACCUGCCACCGUACCUGCUUCUCCCUGCAGCUGGGAAACACCGUCCUCGACAGCCUGAGCGAGCUCCGCUCCAUCCAGGGCAUUCAGGACGGAGCUCUGAUCAGGGUGGUGGAGGAUUCAUACUCGGUACGUGAUGCUCGUGUUCAUCUGCGACAUGUAUGCAAUCUGCUCAGGAGCCUCGACCCUGCAGAUGCAUACAAUGGUGUGAACGGCCGCUCUCUAUCCUACCUGUCCUUAUACACCAGAACAGACCAAAACAGUGAAGCUGUGGAAAAGAGACAUGCUUCUGAAAAGGAUUCUGUGGACUACAGCCCUCCAGAUUACAUCCUUCCUGGAUGUAAGGAGAGGCUUCUUACUCCACUGCAGCCAGUCAGAGAUGACUGGAAGCCUUUGCAGGGCCUGCGAGUCCUGACCAUAAGCAGCUGGAACCCCCCUCCAGGAAACAGGAAGAUGCACGGAGACCUGAUGUAUGUCAGCGUCCUGACUAUGGAAGACAAAGAGCUUAGCAUCACCUGCUCCACAAGGGGUUUCUACCGCAACCUGUCCACUGCCUUCAACUUCAACCCCAAACCUGCACCUCCUAAAAUCCUCUGUCACUCUCUGGUUGAGCUUCUGAGCCAACUUAGUCCAACAUUCAAGAAAAACUUCAAGAUCCUGCAGAGGAGGAGACUUUAUCAGCACCCCUAUGAGCUUAUUCCAGCUCCAUUCCAGGUCUAUACCUGGGCAGCACCUCACAGAGAUCACACCCUGGACUGUGUCAGCACAGAGGAGACAUACACAAGUCUUAUGGGUCGGGACGAGCAAACAGCCGGACAGACUCGAGACUGGAAUGAGGAGCUGCAGAGAUCCAGGGAACUUCCCAGAGCUUCCCCACAGGAGCGCCUGCACAGAGACAGGUGCAUCUUCAAGAUCAGCAGUGACUUUGUUGCAGCUGCAGCUCAAGGUGCGAUAUCCAUCAUGGACGGCAACGUUAUGCCAUUAAACCCAGGGGAGCGGUCUCAUCUCCAGAUAUUUGUGUGGAAUAACCUCUUCUUCAGCCAGGGAUUUGACAUGUCUGAACACUACAAGCCAACAGGGGGCGAUGCUGCUGCUCAUGCUGCCGCCAUGUGUGACCUGAGAGGAGUUCAGGCAUAUACAUCCAUUGACAUAGAGGGGCUUCACACUGUCGGGACGGCUGUGAUGGACUAUCAUGGUGUCCGUGUCAUUGCUCAGACCAUCAUUCCUGGUUUACUGGAGAAAAACCAUGAGCAGAUAGUUUACGGCUCUAAUGACAACGGGAAAACAGUGUUUACUCACCCACGGUUUUUGGACCUUCUGGAUAAGAGCGUUAACUCGCUGAGAAUCCAGCGUCACGAGGUCCUUGACCACAACAACAGUCCGGUGGAGCUUUGCUCAGCCAUCUCCACAGUUGGCAUAUUUGGAAACGAUGGACGGGCCUACAUCUUGGACCUUCUGCGGACUUUCCCCCCAGAUCUGAACUUCCGGUUCUCGGAGGCAGCUGAGAUAGAGGAGGAGGUGUCCAAAGAGUGUCAGAGCUUUGGUUACCCACAGCUUCAUCCUCAUGGCCUGGCCAGUCUGAGACCAGAGCUGUUAGAGGCCUAUGUCCAGAGCAGGGAUGAAAUUUUUGUUAAGAUGGCAUCUGAGGACCUUGACCAACUGUGCACAGCAGAGAAGACUGAGGAGCCUCAGAGAGCUGUGGAUAGAGCUGCAGAACAUAACAGAAGAAAUAUCAUCUCGAAAGCUUGUAAAAAUGUUGGCUUCCUGGGUGAAUGUUCCUCUGACGUCCGCUUCAAUCCUGAUGCUUGCUUUCCAGGUGUACGUUUCCCCUCUGGGUGUCUCCCGGAGCUACAAAGACAGAGAUGGCUACUGUGGGAUGCGGCUGCUUUUCUGCUCUCAAAUCAGAUUCCUGCAGUGCUGAGGGACUGUCUCGACGACCCAGCAGUCCCGAUGGAUGGAGCGACUCUGACCUCUGCAAUCCAUCGGCGGGGUGUGAAUGUGCGAUAUCUGGGUGCCAUACUGAGGGAACUGGACAAGGUGGAGGAGAGGGAGAGACUCAGCCAUGUACAGAGAAUUUCCAUCAGUGAAAUAAUCAUCAGAAGUGCGAAACACAUCUUCAGGACCUAUAUGAAGGAUGUGGAACCUGCAGCUUUUUCUGCAGCUGUCAGUCACUUCCUAAACUGCCUCCUGAGCUCAUCCUGCUUUGUUCCUGAGUCAUGCACCGAUGAGCUCCCAUCCCGUCGCAGGAGCCGUCAGCGCAGAAGCCAGAGCAAUCGAGGAAACUUGUUGACCAACAGUGUGUGGGCAAGACUAACUUCUGAUGAGUUGUGGAGCAGGAUCAGGACAGAUGCACAAGAUUAUUACCACUACACAUUUAAAAGUGAAAGUAUAGAUGAAGUAAUAAAAAAGCACAACCUUCAGAAGAUUUCCCUUUUGAGAGAGAUGGCCAUCAAGACAGGUAUUCAGGUGCAGCUGAGAGAGUACGUGUUUGAGUGUCGACACAAGCCAGCGUUCUGUGAGGAGGAUGUUGUGAACAUGUUUCCUGUGGUCAAACGUCUCAAACCUACGUCGUCUGAUGCUGCUGGGCUCAUACAGCAGGCGGAGCUGGCAGUACAGCAAGGGCGUCUCGGAGCAGGUCUGGCCUUGAUCAGCCAGGCCCUAACUCUUUUCAGCAGUGUUUGUGGGGACCUGCAUGAGGACGUUUGCAUGUGUCUGCGUCUCCUUGGGCGGCUCAGCUACAUCUUAGGGGAAAACGAUGACGCUCUCGGGCUUCAGGAAAAAGCUGCUUUGAGUUCUGAGAGAAUACAAGGGAUAGACCAUCCACAAACCAUACAGGACUAUACUCACCUGGCCCUGUACUGCUUUGCCGGAGGCCGUAUCUUAACGUCCCUUCAGCUGCUGUAUCGCGCUCGAUACCUCACCCUACUUGUUAUCGGGGACGAUCAUCCACGAAUUGCUCUUCUGGAUGGUAUGCUGGGUUUAGUCCUCUAUGACCUGAUGGAGUAUGAGCUUUCACUGAAGUUCCUGCGGGAGGCCUUGUCUUUAACCUCUAAAUACUAUGGUGCAAAAUCCCUGAAGCAUGCACACAGUCAUCAUGUGCUUGCCACCGUGUAUGAAAGCAAAGGGGAGUUUCAGUUAGCUCUGCAACAUGAAAAAGAGGCUAAUUUAAUACAUAAAAAACAGGUUGGUGAGAACAGUGACAGUACAAAGAAAAGCUCAGAAUACCUGACGAGGCUCAUUGAGGAGGCUGUGAUCCUCCAGAAAGCCAUCAGUCAUAUCACCUCUGGCAAACCGAGUGCCCGUGUCUCACCUCCGAGGCAGUUUCCAAUACCAAGUCAUCACGUGAUCCUGCAGCAGCUCAACCUGACAUGUGGUAUUACUUUCAUCCCUCUCAGUGGAAAGGAGUUUAAAGACCUGAGGGCAGAACUCAGAGAAAGAGGGAAAGUUCAAAUGGAAGACCUGGAAAAUCGUGUAUUAUGCCAAAAAGGCUUGAGAAUCCGCAGCAUUAAACAACAACUCUGAUCUAUGGACCAAAAGGGAAGCUACUACAAGACCCCCUUGCAUGUUCUGGAAAAAAAUGGUCCUGCUCAAAUCGGAGGCAGGCAGUUGGUGUAAGAAACUGGGUGACCAGGGUGCAAUUGUGUCCUAUAGAAAAUACAGUGCCCUCUAAACUUUGAAACGCUUCUGGUAAAGACGUGUGAAAUGUGUUAAAGCAGCAGCAUAAUCUCACAAUAAAAAUGAUAGAAAAUUCCAACCUUUAAUCUGUGGGUGUUACUUAGCGAAGAACGCAUUAAGAAAUAGUUUUACCCUUUAAAUCACAAAGGCAUAAUCUAUUUGCAUCUCUUACAAUUCAUUCAAAAUAAAUGCAACUUGCAACUAAACAUUUUUAAAUAUAUGCCUACCUCUUUUAGUUUAGUGUAGCGUUUAGGAACUUUUAGUUAGUAUUCAAGGGUUUCCUGUGUCCUGUAAGAAAAAAGCGACAGAGACGCAUUUUUCUUAUCCAGUCUUCAAAAUGGGAAAAAGUAGAGAACAAACCAUUCAAGCAAGGCAGAUUUGUGUUUAUCUUAAUAAGUCAGCAAAGUAUUUUAUGACAGACCAAUAAAUAAAAAUGGACAAUGACCCAAAUUUAUCUUACCGCAACGCACGGUGAGGAGGAGAGAAGAAGAGAUUAAAAAACAUCUCCAAAGCUAACUUUUAGGUACUGUGUCAUCUUCAAAUUAUUAAGUCUCGAUAACAGCCAUUUGUUUCAAAGGCUUUUGUGCACAUUUUUGCUAGAAUUGCAGCUAAAGGUGGAAGGAAAUGUAAGUUUGUUUUAUUAAAGAUUGUCCUAUUAGUGCUAUAAUGAGGACUUUGCACAAAUGUUAUAAGAACAUAUUGUUACAUUUUAUAUGAAGUAAUGAUAAUGCUGUGGGAUGAACGGACAAGCACAACAUAUUUCACUGGAUCUGGUAAAGCAGCAGAGUGCAGGAUGUCCAAAUGUCUAGAAACACAGUGGAGUUCAGAACCCCAGUGCAGCUCAUCCUGUUUUUUAGGAAAUAAUACUUCAGGGUGAAGCAGAAACUGCUGCAGGUCAUAAACUGAUGGCUGGAUGUUCUGAAAAUUUCCUGCUAAUAUCUCCUGGAUGAGUUGUUAAUGCACUUUAUGAGACAUUUUGGUAGGUUGGUCACUCCUGGGAAUUAAUGCUUUUGAAUUUCUUUAUGUCAUGAUUUGUUGUCUUUUGAGAUCGUUUAGCCUACUUCCUGCUGUCAGACAGGUACUAUUUACUGCAAAACUGCAUUUUUUAUUUACUCAACCUGACAUUUGUACUCUUGCCUUUGUUGCAUAAACUUAAAAAAAAACAACUAAAUUACACUUAAACAAUUUAGCAGUUUUCAAGUACUACAGCCUUACUUUAAUUGGAGUGAUGGGUGGUGCUCCUUUAUAUACUAUGUGUGAUCAGGUUUUUUGCAACGAGGAAUAUUUAUGAACCACCAAAUAUUUGCUCUUUGUAAUCAAGAGAAAGCGUGGGAGCCUUGUUUCAGACGACUGGCCAAUAUGUGCAGCAACAGGUGAGGGAGGAGAGUUGGGCAUUACUCUCUGCUCAGUACAGCUGGAGAGAACUAUGAUCAUGUCACACUUUUUCUGACAUCUUAUUUAAAAGACUUUAAACAAAAGGAAAUUUAUGGCAUAAACCUUGGGUGGUUUUUCAACCUUAACAUUUUUAAACCUUGAUAUACUUUGAUACUGGUGAUUGACCCAUGCUUAUAGGAUCUGAACAGAACACUGGUCUGAAUAAUCUGAUAAACCAAGUUUAAUCACAACCUCUCUACCUGAACCAUAAACUAUAUAAGAGCGCUCAAAACCCAAAGUCCAUGACAGGUCUUGAGCUUUCAGUUUCUGAUCUUGCAAUCCCUUGUGUGUCCACUAGGUUACACUUUUGUCCCACGGUCACUUCACUUUACAUGACGUUUUUAUUUGUUGUUGUAUUUAAGCGCAUGAAUAUCAACAUGUUUAGAUGUAAUGUAGUGACUUAUCAGCUUAUAAUCAAAGCUAGCGUCCCUGUCAGUAAGGAAUAUUGUCUUCAUUUGGCUGGAGCAAGUCAUAUUAUUGGUGACAAACCUAACUUUAAUACAUUUAAUCUUGAGCAUUUUUGUUUUUCUCCCUCAGGGUUUUAUUCGGGUUUGCAGUUUGAAAGAUGUUAUUACAUAAGCAGUAACAGAACCAACCUGCAAAUGUUCUGUGUGAUACAAAAUGUUGGAUUUUAUUUCUUUUGUCUAGAUGUUUUAGUUGUUUUAAAUCAAAUGCCUUAAUGAUUUGUUCUUUUAAAGCCCUUUCACACAUUUUUUACAUUCUUUAUUUAAUAUGAAUAUACAUAUUUACUGAAAAUAGAAAAAAAUAAAGUAACAUUUACAAAACCAA